GCUACUCCUUUUUCAAUGACACUGAAGAGACGAAGGCCACCAUCAAAGACUAUGCUGAUUCCAAUUGCUUGAAAACAAGUGGCAUCAAGAGUCAAGACUGUCACAGUCAUAGUCGAACAAGCCUCCAAAGUUCUCAUCUAUGGGAAUUUGUGCGAGACCUGCUUCUAUCUCCUGAAGAAAACUGUGGCAUUCUGGAAUGGGAAGAUAGGGAACAAGGAAUUUUUCGGGUGGUUAAAUCAGAAGCCCUGGCGAAGAUGUGGGGACAAAGGAAGAAAAAUGACAGAAUGACAUAUGAAAAGUUGAGCAGAGCUCUGAGAUACUACUAUAAAACAGGAAUUCUGGAGCGGGUUGACCGAAGGCUAGUGUACAAAUUUGGAAAAAAUGCACAUGGGUGGCAGGAAGACAAGCUAUGACCUGCUCCAGGCAUCGAGCUCAUUUUAUGGAUUUCUCUUUUUAAACAAUCAGAUUGCAAUAGACAUUUGAAAGUCAUUUUGGGCUUUUAUUGUUUUUUGUUUUUUUUUUAAACCUGUAAACGUGCUGAUAAAAUUUCUCCACAUCUCAACUUACAUUGGGUUUCAGAGUUGUUGUCUACUUGGGGUGAUGGCAGCAACCCUUAAGAAACCCUUCUCCUCACCCCAAGGAGAGGAGGGAAUAAUCUUUUGUGGUACCUUGAUCAAACAUUGUUCCCCUAAUCAAGAGUUGCAGAACCACAACACCAAUGCCAGUUGGUAUUGCUCAGAGAACAAGGGUCCAAUUCUGCCAUUAGGGACACAUCCAAUACUCCCAUUUCUAAGGUUCAAAAGUUGUUAGAUGGUUAACCGUGGCAGCUCACAAAGAAAAUAAAAUAAAAUGUGAUUAGUUUGUAACUUAUAGCAGAAGAGAGUAAGAUGUAAGAUAUACAUGCUUUAGAUUUUAAAUCAUUAAAGUUAAAUUCCAUAGAAAAGUUUC